CUCAGCUGGCAGCGUGCUCGGGCAAAAACUGCUCAACUCUGAGAGACGAACGAAGGAGCUGCAGCUUGCAAAAGCGGGCAACCAUGCCUUGUCAUAAAGUUUUUCUUCUGCCCCUGCUCAUUGUGACACAUCUUACAGUCCCUGCGCUUGCGCUGAUUGUCAAACAUCCUGUCAGCCAGCUACAAUCUGCUCAGAUUCCUUCCCGGCACAAUUUGGACAAUAGUCAGGUGCCUCCAAAUGCAGGGGACUUGGGAGCGUUCAACCUGGAGUGUUUCUUCUGCAAACGGGCGGUGAACAAGUACCGGGCGCGCGUUGAAAAGGGAACGGACGCUGCCGAGCAGGCGAUUGGCGGGCUAUGCAAAGAACUGAAGCUGCAAAAGGACGAUGUGUGCGAUGGCAUCGUGCAAGAGUUUGGCCCGGAGGUGAUCACCGUGCUCGCCCGCCGCCUGCUCGACCCCCACCAUGUGUGCGCUGAAGUCUUCCACUACUGCCCACGUAAUUCGGGGCGAGCUCCGACCGAGAUACCCUGCAAUGCCACCCUUUCUUGGGGGGCCCUGCGGGGACUGGUGUCUCAAUCUGAAAAGGGGUUGGCUUUGUUGAGAGAGCUGGGCUCAGGAGAAGUGUGCGCUGAAGAUCAGUGGGGUGGCGGGAAAGUAUCAGAGAUGGGGAGCGUAAUGGGCAAAGGGGGCGAGUGUGUGACGUCAAGAAGUGGAAGCGAGAGUGUUCGAAGAGGCAAAACGGAAGAUGCACUAAGAGUGAGUGAUGAAGGCGAGGCUAGUACAGAGGAUAGUGAUGGGCGUGGGGGCGACCGCAGGAUACGAAGGCCAGGAGAAAGUCUGGACGUCCAAUAUAGGGAAAGGACGUCCGAAACCGUCCAGCAACGGAAGCGGUCCAGCCACGAGGGCGAGAGCGUGUCUGUGGAACAGCAGGAACAAGCCCUGGGACACUUUCUGCAGUUGACAGAUAUUCACCUGGAUUUGGAGUAUGUGGAAGGCUCGGAGGUGGCGUGCGGACGGCCGCUCUGCUGUCGAAAGGAGGACGGUCCGGCGGCGUCCAACACGUCCGCAGCAGGGCCUUUUGGCGACUACCGCUGCGAUGCUGCGCCCGCGUUGUUCGACUCCCUCGCAAUGUUCAUCGGGAGCUCGAAGGAGCUUCCGAAGCUAGACUUUGCGGUCUUCACCGGGGACGUGCCUCCGCACGACGUCUGGGAAGAGUCCCGGGUGAAGACGCUGGCGGCCAUGGAGACCGUAUACGACAGGCUGGCGGUCGCCCUCAAGGGCGUGCCUCUGUACCCAGUUCUGGGGAACCAUGCUGGCGUUCCGGUAGAUUCGUUCCCGGACCCCCCCGCCCAGAGCUGGCUGAUGGACGCCAGCUGGCGCCUCUGGAAGCGGUGGCUGCCGGCGGACGCGGAGGUGACCGUCCGAAAAGGGGGCUACUAUACGCUAUUGCACGAGCCGGGCCUGCGGAUUGUGGGCCUCAAUACGCAGUACUGCGACACGUUCAACUUCUGGCUGCUCGCGCACACGUCCGAGCCGGACCCCGCCGGACAGCUGGAGUGGCUGCUGCGCGUGCUUGCGGACGCUGAAGCCGCGUCCGAACGUGUGAUCAUCCUGGGCCACAUCCCGAUUGGCGCCGACGCGUGCUACGUCAGCUACAGCCAGCGGUACUCGCUCAUCUUGGACCGGUUCCGGAACACGGUGUCCGCACAGAUCUUCGGACACACGCACUCGGACAGCUUCAAGCUGUACUAUGACGCCGCGACGCUCACAGACCCCAUCGCGGUCGGUCUUGUGUCCCCUUCCGUCACCCCCUACACCGGCCGGAAUCCGUCCUUCCGUGUGUUCGACUACCGCCGGCCCAUCCACGGAACGGCCGCCAACGCGAUCCUCGACGACUACAAGCAGUACAUUUUCGACCUCGACUCCGCCAACCACGACCGGAACGGCUCCCUCUGGACGCUCGAGUACGGCGCCCGCUCAGCCUACAACCUGCCUUCCAUGUCGCCCAAAAGCUGGCACGCUCUGCUGCAGCGGCUGGAGAGCGAGCCCGGGCUCCUGGGGGCGUAUUUACACCGCCGCGCGGCCGGACGGCCGUGGACGUGCGACGCGGAGUGUGAAAAAGCGCUCUUGUGCGACGUCAAGUCGCAGACGUUUGCGCUGUAUCAGGAGUGCGUCGGUGGGAAGAUUGGGAGCUUUAGCGCGGCGCUCAAGAUCUUAUUGAAUAUGCUACUCAAAUGUUGAGGGUUUCGGAUUUCGAUGAAGUGAGGGACUGACGGUCACGUACACUAAGCUGCACGCACAUGCGACGAUUUUGUAUAUGUUGAUUGAAGAAGACAAGAGAGCUUCCUUUUCAUGGAGCUGACAGAGAGCUCGCAAAGCACGUACUGCGCAAAUUCUUGAUCGUAGGCUUUCCCGAUUACCCUGUAAUCCCGAUUAUGUCGGCCGAAC